UGACCCCCAAGCCCUUUCAGGACCCUGUGAACGGGAACAGCCAUCCAGAGAGCUCAGGAAGGCGUCCGCGCCCUCACCUCUGAUCCCCAUGAGCUCCCAGGGAGCUGCGGUCCCGCCGGGCAGAGCUCAGCCUGCAGGCGAAGCGGUGACUGCAGCAAGCCAGACAGCCCAGCAGCCCCGCAACCCAACCGUGCGGCGCCUCACAAUCGAUGACUUUGAAAUCGGGCGUCCCCUGGGCAAGGGGAAAUUUGGGAAUGUGUACCUGGCUCGGCUCAAGGAAAGCCACUUCAUCGUGGCCCUGAAGGUUCUUUUCAAGUCGCAGUUAGAGAAGGAGGGACUGGAGCACCAGCUGCGCCGGGAAAUUGAGAUCCAGGCGCAUCUACAACACCCCAAUAUCCUACGCCUGUAUAACUACUUCCAUGACGCGCGCCGCGUGUUCCUGAUUCUGGAAUAUGCUCCGAGGGGUGAGCUGUACAAGGAGCUGCAGAAAAGCGAGAAAUUAGAUGAACAGCGCACAGCCACGAUAAUAGAGGAGUUGGCAGAUGCCCUGACCUACUGCCAUGAGAAGAAAGUGAUUCACAGAGAUAUUAAACCAGAGAACCUGCUGCUGGGGUUCAGGGGUGAGGUGAAGAUCGCAGAUUUUGGCUGGUCUGUGCACACCCCCUCCCUGAGGAGAAAGACAAUGUGUGGGACACUGGACUACUUGCCCCCGGAAAUGAUUGAGGGGAGAACGUACGACGAAAAGGUGGAUUUGUGGUGCAUGGGGGUGCUUUGCUAUGAGCUGCUCGUCGGAUACCCACCUUUUGAGAGCACCUCCCACAGUGAGACUUACAGACGCAUCCUCAAGGUGGAUGUGAGGUUUCCACCGUCAAUGCCUGUGGGGGCCCAGGACUUGAUUUCCAAGCUUCUCAGAUACCAGCCCUUGGAGCGACUGCCCCUGGCUCAGAUCCUGAAGCAUCCCUGGGUUCAGGCCUACUCCCGAAGGGUGCUGCCUCCUUGUGCUCAGGUGGCUUCCUGAGCCCUGUCUGCUUCUGUUUGUGUUUGCUCAGGGAGAUCUCCUAGCUCUGCCACCUCCUUUGUCUUUAUUCUUUUCUCUUUUAAGAUGUAAGAUGCUAGUUAGUUAAUAAAAGCUGAAUCAUUUUGUACCAGC